UCAUAUAACUCCUCUCGCUUGUCCUUAGGGUUCUCUCAUCCACUCCACCCCAAAUUCUCUCUCCUCGACCUUCAAUCUCUUUUGAUCUUUCCUUCUAAAAUUUGUUUGUUUGAUAUUUUGAUCAACUUUUACUAUCUGGGUACCUCUUAAUUUCCUUCAAAAAUCUCAAAUUUCACUAAUUUUUCGGAAUUUCAUCAAUACCCAAUUCAAGAAAAACCCAAAAAAAAAAACUGGGCAUUUUUCUGAGAAAUGCCCGCUACAGAUUGCCAAGGUUCAUCAAGUCCGUUGACAAAUUUCGGCCGUUCGAUUUUGAGUAUAAGGCGUGAUCAAGUUCAUACAAUGGAGGGUUCACAUGACCCAACAAAUCAAGAAUUGGAACUUGAAACGUUUCAGAAACAAGUAGCUGAACAAUUCAAUGAGUUAUCAUCAGCUGGGUCAGAUGAGCUACUUUCUCUUUCCUGGGUUCGUAAUUUAUUAGAUGUUUUCAUUUGUUGUCAAGAAGAAUUUCGUAUUGUGUUGUUUAAUAAUAAGAGUUAUUUAAAUAGACCUCCAAUGGACCGUUUAAUUGGUGAAUUUUAUGAAAGAAGUGUAAAAGCACUUGAUGUUUGUAAUGCAAUUAGGGAUGGUAUUGAACAGGUUAGACAAUGGGAGAAGUUAUUGGAAAUUGUUAUAUGUGCUCUUGAUAAUCAGAAAACAUUAGGGGAAGGUCAAAUUAGGCGUGCGAAAAAGGCUUUGAUUGAUUUGUUGAUUGGAAUGUUGGAUGAGAAAGAGUCUAAUGCUGCUUUAGCUCAUAGGAAUAGGUCAUUUGGGAGGAAUAAUGGGAGUGGUAAAGAUCAGAAGAAUAUGGGACAUUUUCGAUCGCUUUCGUGGAGUGUUUCCAGGGCUUGGUCUGCCGCUAGGCAGCUACAAGCAAUGGGGUAUAACAUGAGUGCGCCCAGAGCUAAUGAUGUUAUGGCUACUAAUGGACUUGCUGUGGCUGUUUAUACAAUGAGUUGUGUGCUCUUGCUUGUAAUGUGGGCAUUGGUGGCUGCGAUUCCUUGCCAAGACCGUGGUUUGCAAACCCAUAUUUCGAUCCCUAAGCAGUAUAUUUGGGGACCCCCGGUUUCCUCGAUUCAUGAGAGGAUCUUGGAGGAGAGUAAGAAAAAAGAGAGGAAAAAUGCUUGUGGCUUGUUGAAGGAGAUUUAUCAGACCGAGAAAUGGACUCGACAAAUGAAUGAAUUGUUGGAUUCUUUGCAAUUCCCAUUGUCAGAGGAGAAGGAGGCUGAGGUUAGGCAACGAGUUGAGGAGCUUAAGCAGGUUUUCGCGACUUUGAAGGAUGGUUUGUGUCCUUUGGAGAGGCAGGUUAGGGAGGUUUUUCAUCGGAUUGUGAGGAGUCGUACUGAAGGGCUUGAUUCGUUGAGUCGUGCAGGCAGUUCUGAAUGAUAUUCGAGUGCAUUGGAUAGUUGGAUUAAAUUUGGGUGUUGGGGUUUUUGUUUUCUAAUUUCAGGUUAUCGGUAUGCAAAAUUGAUGAAUAUUGAUGCUGUUAUGCCAAAAAAGUUGAUGAUAAAUUGAUAAGAGAAGGAAAGUUGCAUUGUAUUUAGGAUUGUGAUCAUUAUCAAAUGUGUUUUGUGUAAAGAAAAGUUUUAUGGUGUUGAUGGGUUGGAUCUUCUUGGUCCAUGCAGCUGCUGUUGCUGCUUAGUCUGUCAGGAUCCUGUUGUGCUGUAAUCCAGAGUUUCAGAUAAGGUUUUUGCUUCUGGGUUGUAGCUGAACAAAUUCUCUUUCUUUCUAAUUUUUUUUGUUAGUGUCUUUUAAAAAAAAUGUAUUUAGGAUUUCCUUUAUCUUGGGUCUAUGAAUACAUAUUUUCUGUAAGAAGAAACCAAAAUAUAUGAAAACAAAAAAAAUCAAAAGGAAAAAUGAGAAUAUUGAGACUUAAUUUAGUGAA